UUUUUUUCUUGAGACCGGGCCAAAAUCCGGAUUUAUGAGAUCCACAGCUUUAUUUUGUGCAAACCGACCGUGACAGGAUUUAGUUCAAAUCGAGGUUAAAUCCUGCUCUAGGCCCCUUGCCGGACUGCCCCAUUGUUUAGGAAUCAUUCAGGAUUCAGAAAGCGAAGCCAGGCCGGCACUUCUCCCGCAACGAGUUCAAUUCCAUUUUCUCAUAACUUCUUUUGAUUAACCAAUUCAUUCGAUCAACCAAUGGCUGGCGACGGUGACAGGAGGCGCCCGAGCAAGAAAUUGAAAAUAUCCUCGAAGGCGGCCCAUUUCGUCGAUGACGUUGAUUUGGACUUCACAGAAGACUUUGAUGAGGACAGCCGUGAACGCGAGAAAGAGGCCAACAAGAGGGAUUUCACUAAACUUGAGCUGAAGCCAGACCACUCUAAUCGGCCCCUGUGGGCAUGCGCUGAUGGACGCAUCUUCCUCGAGACCUUCUCGCCGCUGUACAAACAGGCCUAUGAUUUUCUCAUCGCAAUUGCUGAACCAGUUUGCAGGCCAGAGUCCAUGCAUGAGUACAACCUCACACCCCAUUCGCUCUAUGCUGCCGUCUCUGUUGGGCUUGAGACGGAAACGAUCAUUAAUGUACUUAACAAGUUGUCUAAGACUAAAUUGCCUAAAGAGAUGAUUGAUUUCAUCCAUGGUUCCACUGCAAACUAUGGAAAAGUUAAACUGGUGCUUAAGAAGAAUAGAUAUUUUAUAGAGUCACAGUUCCCUGAGGUGUUGAAGACACUGCUUAAGGAUGAUGUUAUCUCUAAAGCGAGAAUUUCUUUAGAGGAAUUUCAAUCUGGUGAAGCCUUUUCAGUAAGUAAAACUCCCGGAGAAAUGGAUACUCAUAAUGGGUUGUUGGAUGGAGCUGAUUUAGCUGCUGCUGCAGAAGAAAAGGAAACUCAUUCUUUUGAGAUUAACCCUGCCCAGGUGGAAAACGUAAAACAAAGAUGCUUGCCAAAUGCCUUAAAUUAUCCUAUGCUUGAGGAGUAUGAUUUCCGAAAUGAUACGGUCAAUCCUGACUUGAACAUGGAAUUGAAACCUCAAGCUCAACCAAGGCCAUACCAAGAAAAGAGCCUUAGCAAGAUGUUUGGAAAUGGACGAGCAAGAUCUGGUAUCAUAGUAUUACCCUGUGGUGCUGGAAAGUCAUUGGUUGGUGUUUCUGCAGCAUGUCGAAUAAAGAAAAGCUGCCUUUGCUUAGCUACCAAUGCUGUUUCUGUGGAUCAAUGGGCUUUUCAGUUCAAACUUUGGUCUACUAUUAGAGAUGAUCAGAUCUGUCGUUUCACAUCUGAUAACAAGGAAAAGUUUCGUGGUAAUGCUGGUGUUGUUGUGACAACAUAUAAUAUGGUUGCUUUUGGUGGCAAACGCUCUGAAGAUUCUGAGAAAAUCAUUGAAGAAAUUAGGAAUAGAGAGUGGGGUUUGCUUCUCAUGGAUGAGGUGCAUGUUGUUCCUGCACACAUGUUUCGUAAAGUCAUUAGUAUCACAAAAUCUCAUUGCAAACUUGGGCUAACUGCAACACUUGUGAGAGAGGAUGAGCGCAUAACAGAUUUGAAUUUCCUCAUUGGACCUAAACUAUAUGAAGCUAACUGGCUUGAUCUAGUGAAGGGAGGAUUCAUAGCAAAUGUUCAGUGUGCUGAAGUAUGGUGUCCCAUGACGAAAGAGUUCUUUGCAGAGUAUUUGAAGAAAGAAAACUCCAAGAAGAAACAGGCUCUAUAUGUCAUGAAUCCUAAUAAAUUCAGGGCUUGUGAGUUUUUAAUUCGUUUUCAUGAGCAACAGCGUGGUGAUAAGAUUAUUGUUUUUGCGGAUAAUCUGUUUGCACUCACAGCAUAUGCAAUGAAACUUAGGAAACCUAUGAUCUAUGGUGCAACCAGCCACCAGGAAAGAACGAGAAUACUUCAAGCAUUCAAACAUAGUCCUGAUGUUAAUACAAUCUUUCUUUCUAAGGUAGGUGACAACUCAAUUGAUAUUCCAGAAGCCAAUGUGAUAAUACAGAUCUCAUCUCAUGCGGGUUCACGCCGUCAAGAGGCUCAGCGUUUGGGCCGUAUUCUCAGGGCAAAGGGCCGGCUACAAGACAGAAUGGCUGGUGGGAAAGAAGAGUACAAUGCUUUCUUCUAUUCAUUAGUGUCUACAGAUACACAGGAGAUGUACUAUUCAACUAAAAGACAGCAAUUUUUGAUUGAUCAGGGUUAUAGCUUCAAGGUCAUUACAAGCUUGCCACCGCCUGAUACAGGUCCAGAACUGAGCUAUUAUCAGCUGAAUGACCAACUUGACCUCCUAAACAAGGUUUUGAAUGCUGGAGAUGAUGCUGUGGGUCUUGAGCAGCUGGAGGAGGAUGCAGAUGACAUUGCUCUUCUGAAGGCUCGACGUUCUGUUGGGUCUAUGAGUGCACUGUCAGGAGCAAAUGGGAUGGUCUACAUGGAAUACAAUACGGGGCAUGGCAAGAAGACAGCGCAGGGCCAGACAAAGACUAAACCCAAGGAUCCAUCCAAGAGGCAUGCUUUAUUUAAGAAACGCUUCGGCUAAGCUGUACUUUUUCUUUUCACUCUACAGCUUUUUCAUAUUUCUUACUUUGAUUGACUUUUGUUUUUUUUAGCUAUAAUAUGUUUGAUUUUCCCUCACCAAAGUAUUGUUAACUCUCGCCUUGUAUUGUAGAUGUAAGUUGGGCGGAGAGGGAGAGGGAGAGGGAGAGUUAUAUAUAUACUUGUUUCUUGUUGAUUUUGUUCUGAUCACUGUAAGGAGUAACAUAAAUAGAAAAUGAAUCAGAAGUAAUUCUCA